GGAUCCUGCAGGACCCAGACUGGUCCGGUCGGUCCCGCUUCCUCUGCUGCAGAAUAAGAAGCGGUCUGCGGGCUGAACGGGAUCCUCCAGCAGGGACUCACAUCACUCAUCCUCCCGGCAGUCAGAGCGGGAUCCUCCGCGCGGACUGAGACCAGGAUUUACCCACCUGCUCCCGACCCGGGUUUUAGUAUGAGACUGGUGGACAGACUGAUGAGGAGGUCAUGGAGACACGGAGCUGCGGAGUCCGACACAUGUGCACCCUGACCCUGCUGCUGGCCUCCGUGUGUCCGCUGUGCUGCAGAGCCAGCUGGGUGCGGUUGGGUCUGACCCCGGCGGGAGUCCCGGAGAAGUUGGGCUGCAGCUCGCCCCCGCUCAGCCCCAAACAGCGCGAGCUGUGCCGGAAGAAGCCGUUCCUGCUGCCCAGCAUCCAGGACGGAGCCCGGCUGGCCGUCACCGAGUGUCAGAGCCAGUUCAGACACGAGAGGUGGAACUGCUCCACCGGAGACCGGCAGUCCGUGUUCGGCCACGAGCUCACGAGCGGAACUAAAGAGACGGCGUUCUUGUAUGCGGUGAUGGCGGCAGGGCUGGUCCACGCCGUCACGCGCUCCUGCAGUCAGGGCAACCUGACGGAGUGCGGCUGCGACGCCCGGCGGCAGGGCGGCGGCUCGCCGGCCGAGGGCUGGCACUGGGGCGGCUGCUCCGACCACAUCCAGUACGGAACCUGGUUCAGCAGGAAAUUCAUCGACGGCGCCCCCAAAAACACGUCGACAGCUCGAGGAGGAUACACGCUGCUGACCAUGAACCAGCACAACAGCGAGGCCGGACGACAGGCCAUCGACCGGACGAUGUCCACUGACUGUCGCUGUCACGGCGUCUCCGGCUCCUGUGCGGUGAAGACGUGUUGGAGGACGAUGGCGGCGUUUGAGCGUGUCGGCGUGUAUCUGAAGGAGCGGUACGAGCACAGUGUCCAGGUGUCUGACAGAUCGAGGAGGAAGACGAGGAGGAAGGAGCAGCGCCGCCUCCCCGUUGACAAACACCAGCUCAUCUUCAUCAACAAGUCUCCAAACUACUGCCUGGAGGACCGGCGCGUCGGCGUGUUCGGCACCAGAGGGCGCCGCUGCAACCGGACAUCCAGCGGCUCCGAUGGCUGCAACCUGCUCUGCUGCGGCCGCGGAUACAACACGCACCUGGUCAGACACGUCCAGCGCUGCGAGUGCAAGUUCGUCUGGUGCUGCUACGUCCACUGCAGGCGCUGCGAGAGCAUGAACGACAUGCACACCUGCAAAUAGACACGAGUCACACCUGCAACUAAACACGAGUCACACCUGCAGAUAAACACGAGUCACACCUGCAACUAAACACGAGUCACACCUGCAGAUAAACACGAGUCA